CUCCGAGCUACAAGUCCGGGUUCCCCCUAGGGCCAAUCCUAGGCCACGGCCGUCCUUCGAAAUACUUAACAGGUUGCCUGUUAAGUCGGUUCAUUGAUUAUUCGGCUGUUUGCAUCAUGCAUCAUGAUCCAUAGUUCAUCUCGAGUCCAUAAAUGCACAAUGCAUCUUGCCAUCUCCCAUCAUGUCGGAAAAAGAAAAUUCGGAGUACAAACAAUCCAGUGCGAAAAAUGGCGAACCCGAGGAUGCUUCUGAUGCUGGUCGUUCCCGAGAGCCUCAGACUAACGAAAAAUCUCUGUUAAAGACCAUCAAGAAUCAUGUUCCUUCGUGGAUUACGACCAACUGUACUUCGCCUCGUUCGCUCAAAGUAUUUUUGAGAUGCUGGCUGGCGUCCUGGGUCGGCUUUGUUGUUAUCCUACCUAACGCAUCGCUGAACACGUUGGGAACUUCGGCCUUCUUUACUUCGUUAGCGGGCGUUUUUCUUCCUCCCAAUAUGCCGGUUCAACUUUUCAUCUUCAUGAUAGCAACCCUAAUUGGCGGCAUGCUGUUGGGCUGGGGAAUUGGUGCUGCAGCCACACGUGCAGCCAACGCGGCCCGCAGUAUGGCACAGUUGCAAGCUGCCACUAUCCAGGUUCAGCAAAUGAUAAGCUCCAAUCCGGCUUUACAAGCGAAUCCCGCAGCUCAGACUAUGGCGAUCUUUGAUGGGGCUUUCCUCGAUAUUCGUGUCUCAGUGGUGUACGGUUGUUUUCUUGGUUUCGGCGCUUUCAUCUUCGGCCUACUGCGAGCGUAUGCUCCGAAACUCGUUUUUCUCAGCAUUUUCGGGACAAUCGGAAUAGAUAUCUUCUGCACACUGGGACCUCUAUUCCCGGCCCCUCGAUUCACGCUCCUUAAUUCAACCUUGACUGCUGUGGGAUGUUAUGGUGCUAUUGCAGUUAUCGCUACUAUCUGCAUCUUCCCAGAAACGAUGUGUUACUCCUACUUGACAUCCAUAUGUCAACAAUUAGAUCGCGUCGAGAGUAUUAUAUCGCUUCAAGACGAUGUCUUGAAGUCCUCUCCCGUUCAACUAGGUAUUUCUUCAAGUGCUAUCACCACCAAGGCAAAGGGCUUGCGAGCGGUGUUAGUUGGCACGCAAAAGCAACUGUUGAACUCUGCUGGAUUUGUCUCGCUGGAGUUCAGCUGGGGUCGAUGGAGCAGCGAUGAUGUUAAGGAACUCCUUGAACCAUUGCUUGGUCUAGCUUCUCGCACCGCCGGUUUCUACACCUUUCACACCAUGGUUGGGAAGAGGGCCACUGUUGUUGAGGACUUUUCAGAUCCCAGUCCCGUUUCUACCCGUACUAAUAAUUCGGAUACCCCAACACAUAACGAUACCUACCUUCUCCGACAAAUCAUCCAGUCUAACGCCAACAUGGAAGACCAGUAUAAUGUUCGCAUCACAGACAUGCUUCCUCUUCUAGAUCGGUCGACAUCUGCUUUGCGCCGAGCCUGCAUCGAAGGCGUUGACUGUAUGCGAAGAAACCUAGAGAACAUCAAUAACUACCGAUGGACGCGUGUCCCAAGCAUCGAUAAGGCGUUGCGUGAAGAACUUGACGGCGCUAUCAAACAUCUCCGUGAGGAGCUUACAAAUUUCAAGACUACUGACCGGAUGAUUCUCCUCGAACCCUAUAUGUCGUUCCUCAACAGCGAAACAUUAGAAAAGGACCGUGAUUCAUUUCCAGUUCGGAACCUCUUCCUUUCAUACGUAUUUGGAUCAAACUUGAUUGCGGUGAGCGAGAGCACUAUGGUCCUCAUGCAAUUGGUCAGCAGAACCUUGGCAAAACGAGACCGGAACAGGUUGUGGGCACCGAAGGGCUUACGAAAACUGGGUACCUUACUCAGACAAAAAGACGACGAUGACAUCGCAGUCACUGGUGAGGAUGCAACAUCAAGCGUAUCCCAGAUGGGUGAUAUCAAAGAUUACAGGAGGGAUCCGGACAGCGCUCCUCCAACGAAUGUUGUACAAAGGUUUAUGAAUAGCAUCCAUUCAUUAUAUCAUUGGAGCAGCACCGCUGAAGCAAUGUUUGUAUUCAAGUACACUUUCAUCAGUGUGAUCCUUUGGCUUCCCGCAGUCCUGAAGCGGUCAGCGCGUUUCUACUACGUACAGAAGGGCUUAUGGGCGCUUAUCAUGGCUCAGACAACCAUGAACAUAUACGCCUCUGAUCAAAUUUUCAAUCUUAUUACUCGUUUGAUGGGGACUGCCAUUGGACUGGUCCUAGGCCUGGCCGCCUGGUACAUGGGAAACGGACAUGGCAUUGGAAAUCCAUACGGGAUUGCAGCGACCGUGGGCUUGUGGAAUAUCCCUUUGGUUUUCCUGCGUGUCUAUGCGCCACCGCAAUAUCUUGCCGGUGUUCUUCUUGCCUGCGCUACGUACACUUUGAUUGUCGGAUACUCGUGGGUAGACGGACAUAUUCCCUCUUACGGGUCACCUGGUAUUGGAUGGGACGUAGCGUGGAGGCGCUUUGUGCUUGUUUCGAUCGGGUCCGGGGCGUCGUUCGUUAUGAUGAUGCUGCCCCCGAAAUCAGGUCGUAAAGCUGUCAGACGGCGAAAUGCUUCACUUGUUGGAGCCAUAUCCAAUCUUUACGCUUUUCUUAUCGCGACCUGGAUAUCAGACAACACCCUAGCUGAACAGGAUACCGGUGAUGGUGACGGUAACAACUACGAGCAUGAUCGUCCCUCUGUAUUCUGGAUCAAAGAGUUUAGGGAACGUUUGUUUAGCCUUGCGGAGGAAGUCAAUGCCAUCAGAGGAUUUACGGCACUGGCAAAGUGGGAAGGAAACAUACGUGGGAGGUGGCCAGCGGAAGAUUAUCAUGCCUUGAUCGAGAUUCAGGCAGAUAUGAUUUCUCCUCUUGCACAGUUGGCAAAUGCCCUUUUCCAGAUGAAUGACGAAUGGCGCUUACAGUUUCUGCACUGCACCAGAGUUCUCAACCCAAAUUUUAUCACCGAAGUGAUAGGAGUUUUCUCCGCGGUGUCCCAGUCCCUUAAUGCGGGAGAGCCGCUCGCUGAAGUUUUACCUCAAAGACUAGUUGGACGGUUUUUCUACCACCAACACAGCCACCAACAUGCUCAUCGCAAUUCUACAAGCAAGGAAUAUGAUAUUAUCGCAAUCGACCAAGUAACUUCGUUGAAUUAUAUGUAUUACGCCACGGGUAUCGUCGCUGUGUUCCAACUACUAGAGUGUCUGGACGAGCUCCAUCGCAUCACCAAAAGGAUUUGCGGCGUGGUCCCGUUGAAGGGAUUUGUGAAUUGGAGGGAUCAGUUUGACCGUUCUCAUACCUUUGUCUAGAUUCCGCACUCGCCUUUGAAUCAUGAACAAAAUAAUUUGUAAGCGAGCGGCUGCAUAGAAGACGGCAUCCUCACUCGCGGCUUCUGCAACAUCAAGUUUGAAUCAAAGUCGAUAGUUGGAAGCUGUUAGUAGGCGGUUGAAGUUGUUGAGCAUAAUGACGCGAACACGAUAUGAUGUCACCGUGACAAAUGAUUUGGCCUCUUAACAGUGUUCUGUCCCUGAUAAAUUCGCCGGUGACUGUUACAUUUGGAACAGAACUAUUGAUCUCACUUGACAUGUCCGGCAUUCUAAACCAGAUGGAGUCUUUCAACCGUUUGAAGGGUGUUGAAAACACCGGCAAGCACUGUCCCGCCUAUUGAAGGAGACAAAACGUGAAAAUCAAAAACAAGUUCAUACCUCACCUCAACUUCGACUACAACGUUAUGUGGCUAUAAGUCGCUGAGUCCUUUGGACGGUUGGAUCACCACUCAAUCUUGACCUUGCCUAAAUUUCGUUUCGCUUUCAAUACUAAGCUGCUUCUGAAGUCCUCCUCACAACGACGAAGUCCUUUCAAUCAACUGUAUCACUCUAUACACCAGGACGCGCAUAACCAACUGCAAAUUUCAUGAGUGUAUUCACAAUGAAAUUCUGUGGCGGAAUGCUCAAGUGGGUCCAAGGCCAUAAUCAGGCACUUCGAAACCCGGAUCAAAUUGCAAGUCGGAACCUGACUCUGAAUCGCAUGUCC